AUGGCGGAUCGGGCGGAGAUGUUUUCUCUCUCCACCUUUCACUCGCUGUCGCCGCCAGGCUGCAGGCCUCCACAGGACAUAAGCCUGGAAGAAUUUGACGAUGAAGAUCUGUCUGAGAUCACUGAUGACUGCGGUCUGGGCCUCAGCUACGACUCGGACCACUGCGAGAAGGACAGCCUUUCCCUGGGGCGUUCGGAGCAGCCGCACCCCAUCUGCUCCUUCCAGGAUGACUUCCAGGAGUUUGAGAUGAUCGAUGACAAUGAAGAAGAGGAGGAGGAGGAGGAAGAGGAGGAGGAGGAGGAGGAGGAGGCGGAGGGGGAGGGCAAGGAGGGAGGAGGCCCUGGCUCGGAGGCCCGGGCUCGGGAGCCCCUGGUCCCCUCCCCCUCCCUGGAGGAGCCCCACCAGCACCGGCCCACCACGCUCCACCUGACAACGCUGGGAGCCCAGGACUCCCUGAACAACAAUGGAGGGUUCGCUCCAGGGCCUCCAGUCUCCAGGCAGGAAACAGUGCUGUGCCCACCCGCCCAGGAGCCCCUCAGAGGGCCGCCCGCGCCCCUCCCACCCACGGACAGAAGCCCCUGCGGCGCGCAGUCACCUGUGCCCCCAGGUUGCGACUCCGAAGGAAACCAGCCCGCGGGGCCGCUGGCGCCAGGUGCGGCCUCGCCCUCCUCGGACCCGGGCAUCGAGGCCGACCUGGGCAGCGGCUCGAGCGGAGGCCGCGGCGGUCGGCGCAGCAGCCAGGAGCUGUCGUCGCCGGGCUCCGACUCCGAGGACGCAGGCGGCGCGCGCCUGGGGCGCAUGAUUUCGUCCAUUUCGGAGACGGAGCUGGAGCGGGGCAGCGACGACGGCGGCAGCAGCAGCGGCCGUUCCUCGCACCUCACCAACUCCAUCGAGGAGGCCUCGUCGCCGGCCUCGGAGCCCGAGCCCGAGCCCGAGCCGCCGCGCGAGCCCCCGCGCCGCCCCGCCUUCCUGCCCGUGGGCCCCGACGACACCAACAGCGAGUACGAGUCAGGCUCCGAGUCUGAGCCGGACGUCAGCGAGGACGCCGACUCGCCCUGGCUGCUCAGCAACCUCGUCAGCCGCAUGAUCUCCGAGGGCUCCUCGCCCAUCCGCUGCCCGGGCCAGUGCCUGUCUCCCGCGCCGCCUCCCGCCGCGGAGCGCGUGUCGCCCGCCGGCGCGGCCCCCGAGGCGGCGGCGGCGCCGGGCGUGGAGCUGGUGGACAUGGAGACGCUGUGCGGGCCGCCGCCCCCCGAGCCCUCCGCCCCUCGGCCCGGCCCCGCGCAGCCCGGGCCCUGCCUCUUCCUCAGCAACCCCACGCGCGACACCAUCACGCCCCUGUGGGCCGCUCCGGGCCGCCCUGCCCGCCCGGGCCGCGCCUGCUCUGCCGCCUGCUCGGAGGAGGACGACGAGGAGGAGGAGGAGGAGGACGAAGCCGAGCCCAAGGCGGGGCCCCCCGGGGGCCGGGGCGCGGGCCCCGCGGCGCUGGACGCCUCGCUGGUGUACGACGCCGUCAAGUACACGCUGGUGGUGGACGAGCACACGCGGCUGGAGCUGGUGAGCCUGCAGCGCUGCGUGGGCCUGGGCGACGACAGCGAGGACAGCGGCGGCGAGGCCAGCGAGGAGGAGGCGGGAGCCGCGCUGCUGGGCCGCGAGCAGGGCCCCGGGGAUGCCUCCCCGGACAGCCCUGACCUCACCUUCUCCAGGAAGUUCCUCAACGUCUUCGUCAACAGCACCUCCCGAUCUUCCAGCACCGAGUCCUUCGGCCUCUUUUCCUGCCUGGUCAACGGGGAGGAGAGAGAGCAAACGCAUCGGGCUGUGUUCAGGUUCAUCCCCCGCCACCCCGACGAGCUUGAGCUGGACGUGGACGACCCGGUCCUGGUGGAGGCCGAGGAGGACGACUUCUGGUUCCGUGGCUUCAACAUGCGCACGGGGGAGCGUGGCGUCUUCCCUGCCUUCUACGCCCACGCGGUGCCUGGCCCGGCCAAGGACCUGCUGGGGAGCAAGCGGGGUCCCUGCUGGGUGGAGCGCUUUGACGUGCAGUUCCUGGGCUCCGUGGAGGUGCCCUGUCACCAGGGCAAUGGUAUCCUGUGCGCAGCCAUGCAGAAGAUCGCCACUGCCCGGAAACUGACCGUCCACCUGCGUCCUCCCGCCUCCUGUGACCUUGAGAUUUCUCUUCGGGGGGUCAAGCUGAGUCUAAGUGGAGGACCCGAGUUCCAGCACUGCAGCCACUUCUUCCAGAUGAAGAACAUCUCGUUCUGCGGCUGCCACCCCCGCAACAGCUGCUAUUUUGGCUUCAUCACCAAACACCCGCUGCUGAGCCGUUUUGCCUGCCACGUUUUCGUCUCCCAGGAGUCGAUGAGGCCCGUGGCCCAGAGUGUGGGCCGCGCCUUCCUGGAGUUCUAUCAGCAGCACCUGGAGUACACCUGCCCCCCAGAGGACAUCUACCUGGAGUAG